AUGUCAUCGAUCGCUCUAGAGACCCCCUUGGCCGAAGCGCUAAGCAGUGCAGUACACUCGAAGAUAGUUGACGAAGGAUGGACACAAGAGGAUGAUACGUCACUAGCGGAGUAUAUCGUGUUGAUGCUCGCAAAUGGAAAGACACAAGAUCAGAUUGCCUCUGAACUUGCAGGCGAAUUAUUACAAGACGCGAAAGGCACCACCGAAUUUGCGCAGUGGUUAUUUGACCAGGUCAACGCUCUCUCGAACGGCGCUUCUGGCCCAGUUCCGCCAGAGACUUCGCAGUCCUCGGAACAAGUAGCUGAGGCUGCCGCGACAGCUUCAUCAGCAGGCAAUGGAGUUUCUGCCAUUCCCGCCGCGUAUGAUCAGGAUAUGGCUGACAAUGCCCCGGAGAAUGCACCUCGCGGACCCAAAGGCCUCCACGGUGGCCGGCCAGCUGGCAGAGGUGGACGUGGCGGACCUGGUAAUAAGGGCGGUGAUUCAGUGCUACAUCGAACUCGAGGCAACGACCGGAUAAAUACACACUCGAUGCGAGGCGCGCCAAAAGGUCCUCGGAAUAUUCAAAACCGUGACCUUCGCCCGGGCAUGCAGAAGGCUUUGAACGGAAUGAACAUGUCUGGCCAAGGCAUGCAGAACCCAAUGAUGAUGAAUAAUGGCCAACCAGGUCAACCAAUGAUGCAUAUGACACCUCAACAACAGAUGGAAUUCAUGGCUAUGAUGGAACAGCAAACCCGUAUGCUCGCUCAGUUCACGGGCAUGAUGCCUGGUGCUGGGUUCGGCCAAGGCAUUAAUCAACAGAACGGCCAGGGUCGUUCACUUUUUGAUAGAGUUGAACCAGGGCGCGGGCGCGGAGGGACUCGAGGUCGAGGACGAGGCGGCCACCAAAAUGGUCAUGGCAAGGGCACCAAGCCUGACGGCGACGUGAGCAUGGAGGGUGACGGACAGGCAACCGCUCCCGACGGCUCAGCAACAGAGGUUGAGCAACAAGCGGACGGGGAGAGAAAACCACAAGACCCAUCAAACACCAUGUGCCAUUUCAACCUUCGCUGCACCAACAAAGACUGUGCCUAUGCUCAUCAGUCGCCCGCCGCCCCAGAGUCCACGGUAGUCGACAUGUCUGAUACCUGCUCAUUCGGUGCGGCUUGCAAGAACUCGAAAUGUGUGGCAAAACACCCCUCCCCUGCUCAGCGAGGAGCAUUUCAAGCUCAGGAGACAUGCAAGUUCUUUCCAAAUUGCACGAAGCCGAAUUGUCCGUUCAAGCAUCCCACCAUGCCUCUGUGCCGAUUCGGAUCUAAUUGCAAGACUCCCAAUUGCCAGUUUACUCAUCUACAAGUACCCUGCCGAUUCCACCCGUGCACGAACCUGCGAUGUCCAUACAAGCACGAACCCGGCCAACAGAAAGCCACCAGCCUGGCGGACUAUAGCUGGACUCCAGACAAGCCAAAUCAGUCAGAUGGGUCUAAGGAACACCUUAGCGACAGGAAGUUCGUGGACGACCAAGCGGGAGAGGAGGAACUCGUCAGGCCUGAUGGAGGAGUUGCUGCGGAGGCAAACGGUAAUGUUGGUAUGAGGGAGGAGGUGAUCACUUAG